GAAUUCGCCGCAUCCAUGAUUUGUUUUGAGAAGCAUCAUUUGACACAUAGUUGCAUUUCAGUACAUACAGUGUAUAAAGGUCCUCAUUGGAAAAGUAAUGUUAUUGGAUCGGUUGGUGGCGAUGGAUCAAAAUCUACCGCAACACGAGCUGGACGACGACAGCACCGAGAUGGAGUCAAACGAGUACUACAGGUGCAUGGCGUGCUGGGAGUGUUUCUUUACGAUCACCGCCUUCUACACGCACGCGAGGCAGGUGCACUGCAAAGUUCUCGUCUCUCAGGGGCACGACUCGGAGAACGUCUGCGAUACGAUGGACGAUGCCGCCGCGCACUCGAUGCACGAGGGAGUCUCUAGCGACGCCACGGUCAUCGUCGGUGUCGACGCCACCUGCGAUUUCGAUCCGAGCGGAUCUAUGAUUCUCCCCGACGGCAUUCACGCGAUACACGCCGCCGCUGAGUCGUACGCCCCCGCGGAGUCGGCCACGCCGACGAAGAAGUGCAAGAUCGCAAAGAAAGGUCGGCCUUCCCGUGCGGCCGCGCCGCCGGCGUUGGAUCCCGCAGGAUUCCUCGAGCGCGUGCGCGCGAUCAAGAUGGAGGACACGGGUGGCGAGCCGUCGCCCGACGGACUCGGUCUACUCGCGGCGCAGUGCUUUGCCACACCGCAAGAGGGCGCUACCAAUGACGACGAGGUCGAGUGCGGCGCGGCUGUGACGAUCCCUCACGACCCCUCGCUUCCUGACGACCUCGAGGCGUACUGCGACCCUCCGCCCGCUCCCGACGACGACGCGGCAGGCGACGAGGGUGAGGCGGGGGCGCAGCUGCUGCUGCCAGCGCUCCCUGGUGGGGUGGACGUGUCGGCGGCAUACCGCUGCAGCAUCUGCGGGGUGACGUGCACGCAGGCGCGCGUCAUGAAGCACCACAUGCGCGUGCACGCGGCGCAGUGGACCAACGCCGCGCGCCGCUGCCACCUCUGCAACAUUUGCCAGCGCUCGUUCCGCCGCUAUGACACGCUCAUCGUGCACAUGCGCACGCACACGGGCGAACGCCCCUACAAGUGCAACAUCUGCCUCAACUCGUUCUCGCAGGCGGGCGCGCUCAACAGACACCUGCGCAUCCACACGGGCACGCGACCCUACCAGUGCGACCUGUGCGGCGAGGCGUGCUCGGACUCGGUCGACUUCAAGUCGCACGUGUGCGUUUGCUCGGGGGAGCGGCCGUACAAGUGCCGGUUGUGCGCGGCCGCGUUCAAGUCUCGCCCGUACCUUGUGAAACACGAGGAGACUCACCAGCUGAAGAACGAGGCGGUAGUCGCGGCGAGUCUCAUGCUAGAGUGGGAGGACGUUGCCUAGCGACACGCGGCACGCUUCUUUUGCGUAACGCCGCGCGACAUUC